CUUCUAAUAUAGCUUCUAAUAUGGCAGCUUCUAAUACCACAGCUUCUAAUAUGGCUUCUACCUCUAAUAUAGCUUCUACUUCUAAUGUAGCUUCUAUCUCUACUGCAGCUUCUAUCUUAUUAACUCAAAAAAACAAAUAUAAAACUUUUUUAAAUCUCCAAUUUAUGAUACUAGCAAAAGAAAAACUAAAUGCUAUUUAUGCACAGAUAAAAAAAACAGCUAGUUCUGAAGAUUUUAUGAUUGUGGCUUCUCAAUCAAGUGAAUAUAUUCUUAGAGAAGCAUUAAUCAAAU